UAUAUUGUUGUUGUAAUGUUUUUUUUUUUUUUUUUUUUCCUGUUGCAAAAGAAUGUGGAAUCCAUGGAUGCGAAAAAACAAGUUCGUGGGUCGACAUCAGUGAGAAGAGCUCGUGCUGCGGAAGUCCACAAUCUCUCAGAAAGGAAGCGUCGAGACAGGAUAAAUGAGAAAAUGAAGGCCUUGCAAGAACUCAUUCCCAGAUGCAACAAGUCAGACAAAGCGUCGAUGCUGGAUGAAGCAAUAGAGUACUUGAAGUCUCUACAGUUACAAGUGCAGAUGAUGUCCAUGGGAUGCAGCAUGGUACAUAUGAUGUUCCCCGGUGUCCAGCAGUACAUUCCUCCGAUGGGCUUGGGGAUGGGGCUGGGGAUGGGGAUGGGCAUUGAUAUGGGUAUGAACAGACCAAUGCUGCCAUUUCCUUCGAUGUUACCUGGCUCAGCCAUGCCUAACCGAGCUGCAGCAGCUCAUCUUAGUCCAGGUCUCCCUUUGCCUCCAUUUCAUCUAUCCACUGUUUCUACUCCCGGUCAAUCCAGAAUGCAAGCACCGAACCAGUUAGAUCCAGCAACGGAAUCAAUGGGUGUCCAGAGUCUCAACCAGCAACAGGUCCCAAGUUCUGCUUCCAUAUCAACAGUACCUUGGCCUCCACCAGAUCCAGAUUCAGGCCAUGGACCAGCCAAGCACCGGAAAGGGAGUUGAUACUCCUGAAAAUUACCCGUCUGAGCAGCAUUUCUUACAGACAUAUACAAAAGUGCAGGUCACGCCUUUGGAUGAACGUUACAUACGAGGAAAUUUUUCAGAAUAGCGUUCUGAAAGAGAUUGUAAAGCCAAUAGCUAGGAUCCUCUAAUCGGGUAAAUAUUUGGCCAAGAUGUUUCUCAGUUUUUUUUUUGGGGGGUGGGGGUGGUUCCAUUGACUAGUUGAUCUUGAUGCAUAUAAUGUCAUAUUAUAUAGGUCUUGAUGUAGUCCAUCCCACAGGUAAUCUUUAAGCAAGGAUGAGUAUAUUAUCUGGUAUGCAGAUAGGCAGUGGAAGGCUCUGCCUGCGAAGUUUUGUAGAGAGAGAGAGAGAGAGAGAGAGAGAGAGAGAGAGAGAGAGAGAUUAGUAGUAGUAGUAGUAGUAGUAGUAGUAUUAUUUAGUAUCUCUUCAGACACCCUCGACUGAAUGUACGAUAUAACCCGGCUAAGGUGUAAUUAUUGCCCUAAAAAUCCUUGGUUUACUCUUUCAUUAUAUAUGUGGAAUAUCUUUUCUUUUCAACAUUCUAGUUGGUAUGAGUUUUGUUUGAUGACCAUGGGUAAGAUUUGGGUUGUUCCAAAAGGGAAAAAAGGCAGCAUCUGGUUCAGUACAUGUACUGAGAGAGGGAGCUCGAAAUUACAAUUGUUUGCUUACAACUUGAAAGCAUCUGCAGGCACAUAACAAUUAGAACCAGAGGGAUAUGUGUACUACAGAACCCAACACUUCUUUGUCUCCAUUUACAGUAGCAUUUCCUUAAAUUCUGUUAGGUCUCCUCUCAGGAGGGGACAACAAGGAUAAUCAUAAUCCAAAAGGGUGAUGUGAUAUUUUUUGGUAAACAGAAGUCUAUUCAUUAACGCGAUAGAUGACAGAUUACACAGUUCUGCCAGCCAGGGAGUGGAGUGUGGCCAAUCUUUCCUGCUCGAAACAGGCAAUGUCUUCCUAGCUAGGGAGUCAGCUACAAAGGUAAAUCCGUUUUCAUUUUGGAAUCGUGAGAUGAACUUUCUUGGGAGUGAGAUCUCUUUUUGGUUCUUGUACUUUUCCAUGAAUGAAAGAGGAAAGAGAAGGAAAAGAGUAUGCUCUCUUGUGUUCUUCGUAUUGGGUUGUAGUAUGAUGACAUUCUCUUUAUCAAGGAAGGUAUUUUGGUCUU